UUUCAGGGUCAGUUAUCUUAUUAUAUAGAGUAUUAAACAAAUAAUGUAAGAAAAUAUCAAGUUGCCCCCGUUGCAGCAAUGGUAUUGUCGUAAAUAAAUUUUAAAACAUGAGUCUUUGUCAAAUCAAUAGCUUCGACCCUCUUAUAUAAAUCGCUUUCCUUGAUUAAUCAAACACCAUUAGCUAAUCACUCAGCAACUAGUAACUAAUCACUUAACACCGUGAGUAUAACCACCUUGAAAUGGCGGGCUGCUCCUCCUCUUCCACCGUAACGAACUUAAUCUCCACCGUCCAUCACCACAUCAUAGAAUCUCACAUCCUGACGCGUCUCGACGGCCCAACCCUAGCCUCCGUCUCCUGCGCCUCCUCACACCUCCACGAGCUCGCUUCAAACGAGAUCCUCUGGUCCAAACUCCGCCGCUCCACGUGGCCUUCCACCGCCGCUUUCUCCGACGAUGAUUCCCGCCUUUUUUUCUCCGACGCCUACUCUGUCCUCGACACCGCCGGUUCAGUUUCCGAUCCCGACCGUCCGUUCCCGGAGCUGAUCUCCGCCGUGGAUGUACACUACAGAGGGAAACUGAUUUUGAGCAGAGUCGUGAAGACGGAGACGACGACGGCGUGGUUCCGCAGCUCGCCUCUGAGGAUCGAUCUCGUGGACGCGAAGGACACGGUGCCGACGCCGAUCAAGCGAGGACGGUGGGCGGAAGACACGUGUCGUGAUCUAGAGCAGGAGCUGACUUUGAGCUGGAUCGUGAUCGAUCCCGUCGGAAAACGAGCGGCGAAUCUGUCUAGUCACCGGGCGGUGUCGGUGCGGCGAAACUGGCUGAGCGGUGGAGUGGAGGCGAAGUUUGCGACGGUUGUGGGGUCGGUGGAGUGUGUGAUCACGGUGGUCACGUGCGGGGAGGAGGAGAUGCACGUGAAGGAGGUGAGUCUGAGGGUGGAGAAGAUGGAGGGAACGCAUUUGAACGGGAAGGAUAGUUUGGUCAUUUUGAGGAGUGUAAUGGAGGGUAAAAGAGGAAAUGGGAGAAGGAGAGAAGUGGAGUUGAAGAGGAGACACGAGGAGUUUAUGGAGAAGAGGAGAGAGAUGAUAGAGAAGAAGAUGAGGGUAGAAUCCGUAUUUGACAUUUUAACGGUAGCUGUCGGAAUUUUAGGUUUUGUAUCGCUUGUUGGGUUUUAUCUUUGGUCUCGAUGACUUUGAUAUAAUCAAUCAAGAUUCAAGAA